AACAGGGAUACAACCAAAAAUGGAAAUUCAAAAGGUGCAGAAAAAACAGUGUGAUAUGAAAACAGAUCUGAACUUACUGCUUGAAUGCCUUAAGUAUCAGAUGGACUGCCCUGUAUCUCAGAAAGAGGCUUUGAUCACCAUUUAUUCAAUUUGUCACCAAAACAGUGAAGCAAGUGAAUAUUUUCGAGAAAUUGGUGGUUUGAUGUUUAUAAAUGAUCUUGCAAAGUCAAGUGUUCAUUGCAUAGUAAAGGAAGCUGCUUUAUUUACAUUAGGAGUUAUAAUAGAGAGUAAUGUUUACUGUCAGCAAACUUUAUGUACUUCUGCAUUGUUUGAAGACCUUAUUGUAUUUUUAAUUAAUAAGGAUUCUGGUAUGAACUUGAAAAGAAUGUCUGUUUAUGUCAUCUUAGUACUGGUUUCAAAUAAUAAAAGCGGGCAAACCUAUGUCAGAGACACAGGCUGCAUUGGUCUUCUGCUGCAGUUAUUCAGAACAACUCUUUCGACAUCUGAGAUGAAUCUGUCAGAUGAAAGUACCAAUCAGUGCUAUCAGCUGUGGUCUUCAGUCUGCAGCACGCUCUGUGCCUGCGUUAACAACCCUCAGAAUGCAUAUGUGCAGAAAUAUUUUGUUUCUGUUGGAGGAUUGGAUACAUUAGCUAAAGUUCUCAUCAGGCUCAUGCAAGAUUCCUGUAUGAGUCACUCAAACACAAAACUUGCAGUAGUGGUAACAAAGACUCUGGACGCCUGCAUUGCUAAUGACUCUGCCAUGGGUGUGGUGUUGACCAAAUAUCACACUGUGUCAGAGCUGCUGAAGCUGCUGUCCCACAACACUCUGGAUACAGGAGAAAAAGUCAGUAUUAUUCUAACAAUUGGACACUGUACUGAAGUUUGUGAAGAAAACCAGUGUGAACUGCUCCAGAACAAUGGUCUUCCACUUAUGAUUCAGGUAUUAACCGAGUCUCAGGAUGAGGAACUGAAUAAAGCUGCUACUUUUGUUCUGCAAAACUGCAAACAAAUGACUGAACAAUUGUCCCUCAAAAUAAAUGGUAAUUCAUUAAAUGUGAACAAUGCAGAAGAGUUGGAUGUGCAAGUCAGAAGAAGAACUCUACAAGACUACUGGAAGAAAGCAAAAGAAAUUUUACACAGAAUAAACUUGAUUGAGAAAGAACGUGAUGAGGAAAGAAUGCAAGGAAGAGUAUUUGUAGACAGAUCUUCAGAAGACGAUACUGAAGCAUCAGAACACCAUGAAGUGAAUCCUGCUGAUCCCAAAUCUUAUAUAGAAAGAACCCAUAAAGAAGUACAUUGCCCACAGUUGACCUCUAAGUCGGAUGAUCAGGUUCUUCCUCCAUCUGUAAAUUCUUCUUCACUGACAAAUGAAAUUGGGAAUGCUAUGAAUCCAAUAAAUGCUUCUACUAGUCAGAGUGAACAGAGAAAUAUUCCUUGUUCAGUUAAUGAACUGCAAAGAGACAGUGUACUUCAAAGUCACAGUAUAAACAAAAAUCCUGCUUGUGUACAAAAUCAGUCUAUUCUUCAAGUAAGUGACCACUUAUUUAAAAAACCAACAGAGAUUGUUAAAAAUACGAAACAGACGUGCAAAUCAGAUCAAUAUGCAUUCCACUCGGAGGUAACCAGGGAAGAAAAAAGUACUUCAACUACAUCUGCAUCCCAUAAAAUGCCAAAUUUCAGGUGUAUAGGUUGUACAGCAGGAGGACUCUCCUUCAACAGUAGAACCUUUACCAAGAUGUUGCAAAGUUGCCCAUACCAGUGUGACCGUCACAAAGUCAUUCUGGAAGCUGAAGAAAGAUAUAAAAAUGAACUUCGCAAAUCAGCUGUUUGUAACAAAAUACUGCUGACCCCAGUGAAGAAACGAGGACUGUGUGCAGAAAUGUCAAUUUGUAGGAGCAAAAGGGACAAUUUCCAAAGUAUUCUUUUGACUCCAAUUAGAAAAAACAAACCUGAUACUUCAAAUAGAGAUGCAUGUAGUAAAAAUACUAGGUUGGCUGACAACUAUAACUUGAUACCUACGUAUGAAAAGCCUUUCCAGAAAUCCCAAGAGGCUAACUUGAGGAGACAGAGAGUCAGAGAAAUGUGCAGCCCGCGAUGUCAGCGCUUAAAAGAAAAUUGCCCAUCCUCACUUGACAGAGCUGAGAACAAUGAAACAUGUUCCCUGGACAACAACACAAGAACUGCAAGCAAGAGAAGAAGAACCCGAAAAGAUUUCACGACUGAAGAAAUUGACUGGCUUUUGAGUGGAGUGAAAAAAAUGGGUAAUCACUGGAAUUUAAUUUUGUGGUCUUAUCCAUUUCAGAAAGGACGGACAAGUGUUGAUCUUUCCAAGAAAUACUACAGGUUACAGUUACAAAGGCGAGAAAAAAACAAAGACAUGUAACCAAAGACAAAAUAACAUCUUUCAGGAGUCUUUUGGACUUGGUUGGGAAAUGUUGCAGAGCAGCAUUAUUAACAGUGAGGUAACAGCAGUACCAGCCCCGAGAGAAUUUAGAUGGGCUUGGACUCAUGGUUUUCAGUGAUAACAUUCCCUGCCAGAGAUGUUAAGCUUUGUCAAUUUAAAUUACAUGGAAUU